AUGGAACAGCAAAAAGACAACGUAGAAGUUGAAAUGCAAGUACAGAAUGAUGGGCACCAUGAAUUUGAAGAUAUUGAAAUGGAUACUCGCAAUAGCUAUGGUGGGCAAUUACCACCAUUCGUCGAUGCAGUGGAAAACGAUGCCCUCAAGCGUAUGGAAAAAUUGUAUUUCCAAAUGCAUCAAAUGAAUACGCACAACAUGGAAGAGCAAGAUGUUGGUUAUCAAUUUAAUCAGGUUGAAAUGCAAAUAAAGAAGAAUGACAAUCCUGGAUUUGAAGAAUUUAUUAAUCAAUACUCACAACUACCAACAUUCGUUGAUGCAGUGGAUAAUGAACUGGAUGAUGGACUGGAUGAUAAUCAUGCAUCUGAAGUAGAGUCUGAUCAAUUGGAAGAUGAUGACGAUGAGAUUGUAUUACAAUCCGAAGAACAGUCUGAGGAAAUGGUCAACGAAAUGUUUAAACUGAUGAAAGAAACCUUUGGUAUGGAUAUGACAAAAUCGAUAAUCAUAAGAGCUUGUAAGAAGAACGGUAUCGAAUUAUUCAAAACAUCCAACAGAGAAUCAACUAGCAGCAUCCGCAACAUUACUGUAGAUGGCUUGAAGAUUCGAAUUGCUAGAUUUGCAUCUGCUACGCUUGACACAACUCUGGUACUUAAUCCCAUGAACACAAAGAAGAAUAUCAUUGACAACUGCAUGAUGGUCAACAGUAAGAUCAUUUCUGUUGAAGCCGGCAAAGAAGUACUGUACUUCCUUAUAUUACGUUACACUCCAUAG